GCUUUGAAUUUUUUGCCAGGUCUGCUUUUUACUUCCAGUCCGGCUCUGGCUCAAGAGAUUAAGUUGCGCUCUAGUGAGCAGAUAACACAAUAAACUAUUUAGUUGUGGCCAGUAUUGGGAGAGGAGGGCAACAAGUACGGAUUGGCAACCAACCCGGAAAAAAUAUAUUUUUUUAUUCCAGUUAAAUGUAGACUCUGCAAGCUGAGAAAUACUCAAUCACUACGUUUUCCCUCCACAGGGGCGGCUUAGGGCCGCGACGUCACAGUCACGCGAGAUGAGACUUGUGACCUCUGUAUUAGCUGUCCGGCAGGAUCCAAGGUGCUGUGGGACGUUUACAGAGUGAUCUGUGACUACAGGCUGUGCUAAGAAAAGCGGGGCUGUUGGGCGCCACUUGAGGGCUACUGAGUAAAAUGUCUGAAAUGAAGAAUUCUGAGCCAGGACAGUGCAGCAGUGGUGUCAAACCUUUAGCCAGGAACACAGAGAAGAAAUGCUCCUUCCUGCCGUAGAGAGAGAGGAUAAAACACCUGAGAAGAUGACUCCUUCACAAGCUCAGGAAGAUCUAGCACCUUCAUGCUCUCAGGAAAAUCAAGUUUUUGCGGAUUCUUUGGCAGCUGUAAUAAACAGGCAGCAGUGCAGGGAUUCCAGGAAGUGGCUAGUUCCAGGAAAAGGCAUGCAUACUCAAGGCAGAUUGAUUCACUUUCAGAGGUUUCCGAAGGGGAACUGUCUUUGUUGGAUUUUCACUCUCCAUUGGGAUCUGAAGAAGGAGAAAUCGACUCGGAAGAUGAGUCCAAUUUUGAUUUAACUGUAGUGGAGCCGUUAAUUAAGGCAGUCCGUCAAAUCUUGACAUUUCCUACAGAGCUUUCAAAGCUUUCUUCAGCAGAUAAACUUUUCCUCCUUAAAAAAUAAGUCAAUAUGUUUCCCGGUGCAUGCCUCAAUAAAAUAAAUAAUCUCAAGAGUGGAAGAAAACAGUAUCCCUUCGAGGAGGAUGCAAAGUUUUGGGAUGCUCCUCCCAAGGUUGAUGCAGCCGUAGUUAGGCUUGCAAAAAAGACAACAUUGCUGGUUGAUGAUGCAGCAGUUUUUAGGGAGCCUAUGGAGAAAAAAAUGGAAUUUAAUCUAAAGAAAUCUUUUGCGGCAGCAGGAGCAGCAUGCAGACCAACGGUAGCUCUCACUUCUGUUUCUAGAGCAGUAAAGGUAUGGCUCUCAAAUAUUGAGGAAGCAAUUUCAUCCAACGUUAAAAGACCUAAAUUGUUGGAGAUGCUGUCAGACUGGAAAUCGGCGAUUGACUGUCAGAAGCUUCAGUUGACUUGGUGCACUUCAUGGCCAGAUCCAUGGCACUUUCAGUGGCAGCAAGGAGAGCGUUGUGGCUGAAGCCUUGGGCAGCGGAUGCACCGUCAAAGACAAAUUUAUGUCAACUCCCCUUUGAAGCGAAUAUGCUUUUUGGAUCAUUUAUUUGUAAUACCCUGUGGGUUCAGAAAGGGUCAAGCUCCUUCAAAGAAGACAUUUAAGCUCCUGGAUUGUUUCUUAAAUUGCAAAAACUUACAAUAUAGCAGGCAUGAAGGUUCCCCAGGGAUUAAAAACCCAAUCCACCAGGACAUUGGCGAGUUCCUGGCGGAUGGAAGCCAAAGCUGUAGAACAGCAAGGUAGUUGUCAAGUCAACACGUUCAUUAAACAUUAUAGACUAGAUGUCCUUACCUCCCAAGAAGCUAGAUUUGGAAGGAAGGUCUUGCAGUCCAUUGUACAUUGCUGAAUAAGGCAUAUUUCCGUUCUGCAAUCUUACGGUGUCCCUCCCUUUUUCGUAGCUUUAGAAAUCCCAUUGGUGAAUGGUGGCCAGGGGUGACUAGGAAAACAGGAAAUUGUUUAUACUCACCGUAAUUUCUGUUUCUCUGUUGUCUUAGGGGGACACAGGGAACCAUGGGGUUAAGCUCCAUCCUCCAGGAGGCAGGACACUUGAAUAAUUAAAUAAGGGGCGUGCCUAUCAGGCUUUACCCCAUACACUGUACAUUCCUCUUCAGUUUUUUAAGUGUCCUGCUCCCGGGAGGGUGGACCGUCGCAUGUCUCUACGUUCAGUCUUGAGCUGAUACCCGGGGUGAGGCCUGAAAAGCAGGGUUACCUGUUUUCAUAGAGGCAGCCCCCUACGAGGAGCUACACACCGGGGUCAACAAUAGCAUUAGCUAAGACCACCUAGACGUUGCCUGCCUGAAUGUCUCAGAGCAGAGGGUCUGGCCGGUGUGGGGGGGUAAGUGGCACAAUGUCUGCACUGUAGCAGGUCUGUCUGCCUAAGAGUUCUUAGGAACUACCCCUCUCCCCCCCCCUCUCUUUACCCUAGUCCUCCCUCCUGUAGCUCUCCCUGCCUGGCUAUCAUUGGGCCUGCAUUGGCUCCUACCUGGUCCGUUUUUGUUCCCUGCAAAAUGGGGCAGCUCCUAGGAUGUGCGCUGUAGCAGGCGCAUUGAGGUAGGCUGCUGGAAGGGGGAUGCCAGUGCAGGCUGCGACGCUGCUGGCAGCCAUCUCCGUGUUGCGCAGGAGGUGGAACGCAUUGCGUUCCAUCUCCAGUCUGUUCGGCGGCCAUCUUGGUCUGGCGCGAACCGGAGCGCAUGUGCGCAUGCGCAAUGGAACGCAUAUGCGUUCCAGCGGCCAUUUUGAGUCGCGAAAAAGCAUAGCAGCAGCAGCACAGAGCAGCUGAGAGAGAGAGACAGAAGCGACUCAGCUUAAGGUCUCAUAGGUGUUAUCAGGCAGUACCCAAUACACUCUACCUUUCCUUAUGGCAGAAGGUAAGUCAGUGGGACUGUUCACGAGGGCUGGACGGAAGGGGUCCUUAACAGCACAGGUGACUUACCUAGCUUGUUCUGUAUGCCAACAAAAAAUUCCAGGGGGACAGGGGGAGCCGCUGUGCAGGUCCUGCAACAAGGGGCAACUGGGGUAACAGUUAUGUCCCAGGAAGAAUUAGGAGCGGCAGCAGAGCCUCCUGCGCCCCUAUGGGCUGUACAGCUCUCACAGUCAUUGGCAGCGCUACAAGGUUUACCUGCUAUUGCGGAGAAUCUAGGAAAAACACUAGUGAGGCUAAACCACAGGACUAGUGGCAAACGUAGACGAAUGGAGGAUGCUAGUGUGGAUGUUAGGAAUCCUAAUGCGUCUGACGACUCAUCUCCUGAGCUGCUUUCAUCUCAGUCAGAGGGGGAAAUUGAGUCUCCUGGGUCUGUCUCUGCUGAUGAGGAAGAGAUUCAGGAUGAAGGAAAGGAUCGUGACAGUCUACAUGACAUAGACGGCAUAAUCAAAGAGGUUCUUGAGGUGCUUAAUAUUUCUCAGAAGCCUAAACACACUGCAGAAGCGUCAAACUUAUUCAAGAGACAACACAAGUCUUCUGUUUGUUUUCCGGAGAAUGACCAACUCCAAAGUUUGAUUCAGAACGAGUGGGACUCACCUGAACACAAAUUUCAGACGAAUAAAAAGUUUAAUAAACUAUAUCCAUUUCCUAAAGAACUAGUGAAUGUUUGGUCUAACCCACCAGUAGUUGAUGCUCCUGUGUCUAGACUUUCAAAGUCCACCACACUGCCAGUCACAGAUGCAGCAGCUUUUAAAGAUUCCUCAGACAGACGGCUGGAGGGGUUUUUACGUGCAAUUUACUCAUCUGCAGGUUCGACGCUGCGUCCAUGUCUGGCGUCCGCAUGGGUGUCCAGGGCUGUUCAGGCAUGGUCAGAAGCUCUAGUUAAAGACAUUCAGAGUGGUACCUCGCGACAGGAGCUGUUAGAAUCGGCACAGGCUAUUGCUGAGGCAUCUAGCUAUCUUUGUGAUGCCACUCUGGACACUUCACAAGUCACGGCCCGGACGUCGGCCUUGUCCGUUGCGGCACGCAGAACUUUAUGGCUCAAGAAUUGGUCGGCGGAUGUCAGCUCCAAGAAGUCGCUGACUUCACUUCCCUUUAAGGGGCAAAGACUGUUCGGGGAGGAGUUAGAGAAAAUUAUAUCCCAAGCGACGGGGGGUAAGAGUACCUUCCUACCGCAGGCCAGAAGUAGAGCAACCACCUCAAAUAGAAGGGGAAAAAUUUUUCGUGGCCAAAGUGGCAGAUUUAAUAGACGAAACAACUCCCCACAGCGAUCUCAAUUUCGGUCAAAGACGGGAGACAAAAGUCGGUCCACAUGGAAGACCAACAGGCCACACAUCAAACCCACAGGAGAGAAACCCGCCUCAGCCUGACGGGGCACUCCCUCCGGAAUCGUUGGAAAAAAUAGGGGGCAAGUUACUUCGAUUCCGGGAGGAAUGGAUACAUCAUUCUUCGGAUGUAUGGGUAAAAGAAAUUGUGACAGAAGGAUAUCACCUAGAUUUCAAAACCAUGCCCCCCAAAAGAUUUUUCAUGUCCAGGGUUCCUCACAGUCCGCAGAAGGCACUAGCUUUCCUAGAAUGUAUAGAAAGACUGGAUCGGUCCGGAGUAAUCAGUCCAGUACCACCUACGGAGAGAUUCUCAGGUUUCUACUCAAACCUUUUUACAGUGCCAAAGAGGGAUGGAUCGGUCAGACCAGUGCUCGAUCUCAAGGGUCUCAACAAGUUCAUCCGAUCGGUAAAGUUCAAGAUGGAAACAUUGAGAUCAGUCAUUCGGGGAUGGAACAGGGGCAACUGUUGAUGUCCCUGGAUAUAAAGGAUGCAUACCUUCAUGUCCCGAUAUGGCCGCCCCAUCAUCGUUAUUUACGUUUUGCCUUCAAGAACAAGCACUUCCAAUUUGUGGCACUUCCGUUCGGUCUGUCGUCCGCCCCCAGAGUCUUUACAAAGUUGAUGGCAGCAACAGCGGCCACCUUAAGGCUACAGGGGAUUUCAGUGACACCUUAUCUGGACGAUCUCCUUCUAAAAGCCAAUUCAGUGAUGAGGGCCAAAGAGGACCUGAACAAGGCGGUGCGAUUACUCCAGAGCUUCGGAUGGACUGUCAACUGGUCCAAGUCCAACACGGAGCCCAGUCACAGAAUGAUGUUUCUAGGCCUGGAGUUCGACACGAUAGAGCAAACUGUGAGCUUACCCACAGACAAGCAGACCAGAAUCAGAGACCAAGUCCGCUACUUAAUCACCAGUCAAACCACGACGAUACACAAAGCAAUGCAAGUGUUGGGAACAAUGGUCUCAGCCAUAGAAGCAGUUCCAUUUGCACAAAUACACCUGCGACCUCUUCAAGCCAGUAUCCUAGCAACAUGGAAAGGGGGAUCUCUUUCUCGACUCCUGUCGCUGUCGCAGCAGACAAGGACGGCACUUCAAUGGUGGUUGAGCCCCGAGAACCUAGCCAGGGGUCAAUCAUGGGCAAUUCCGGAAUGGGUGGUGAUAUCCACGGAUGCCAGCCUCAAGGGAUGGGGGGCGACAUGGGACAAGCAGUCAGCACAAGGUCGAUGGUCUCCGGAGGAAGCCAGACUACCAAUAAACAUUCUGGAACUGAGAGCAGUGAAGCUGGCCCUAAUACAAUGGGAAGAUCACCUCAGAGCAUGCCCAAUACGCAUUCAAAGCGACAGCGCGACAACAGUGGUGUACAUAAAUCGUCAGGGAGGAACAAGAAGUCGGGCCGCGCUGACGGAAGCCAGGCAGAUUCUGCUCUGGGCAGAAAUCAAUUCAGUAAAGUUGUCUGCAAUACAUAUUCCGGGAGUGUCCAACACAAAAGCGGACUUUCUCAGUCGGAAUCAGCUGGACCCCGGGGAAUGGGAACUACUUCCAGAGACAUUCCAAGAGCUUGUAGAUCAAUGGGGGACUCCCAGCAUAGCAGCAAUGGCAUCAAGAGACAAUCGCAAAGUAACAAGGUUUUUCGCCCGCUGCAGAGACCCAUUAGCAGUGGGGGUGGAUGCCAUGACGCAGCACUGGCAGUUCAACCUCGCAUAUGUCUUUCCGCCGCUCCCCAUGCUGCCAAGGGUUCUGAAGAAGAUCAAGCAAUCUCUAUCAACAGUAAUAACAGUGGCCCCAUACUGGCCUCGGAGAACUUGGUUCAGCGACCUGCAGGAGAUGUCCGUAGCGCAACCACUUCGGCUAAAAUGCAGGCCAGACCUGCUUCAGCAGGGUCCCAUAGCUCACCACAACCCGGGUCUCUUCGCUUUGACGGGAUGGCUAUUGAGAGGUCCGUUUGGCAGAGACAAGGAUUAGAUGAGAAGGUCAUAACCACUAUGCUGAAGGCUCGAAAAGCUUCAUCGGCCAAGUCAUAUCACAGGGUUUGGCAGUCCUACUCCAAGUGGUGCGAAGAAUCACAUUUUCCGUUUCUGGAACUACAAUUGCCUAGGAUAUUAU